AUGAAUAUAAUUGUAGGAGUAUGGGGUAAAAUUUCCCGAACAAAUCAAUUAGGUAUCUUGUUUAGAAAAGUUUACCCAAGUUUAAACCCUACUAAAAAUUUGGUUAAACCCCAUAACCGUAUUUCUUUCGUCUCAUCGUUGAUCAGAAUUUCCAAGAACAUGAAAGUUCCAAACGUACCUGGUAGCGGUGCUGCCUCUGCACUGAUGAAAUUGGGAGUUAUUGGUGGAAUUGGUUUGUAUGCUGCUGCCAACAGUCUUUACAAUGUUGAAGGUGGUCACCGAGCUAUUGUUUUCAACCGUCUUAUUGGUGUCAAAGACAAGGUUUAUCCUGAAGGAACACAUUUUGUAAUUCCUUGGUUUGAGAGGCCAGUCAUCUAUGAUGUCCGGGCGCGACCCCAUCUAGUCGAGAGUACAUCUGGGAGUCGUGAUCUCCAGAUGGUGAAAAUUGGGCUUCGAGUUCUUACACGUCCCUUGCCUAGCCAGUUACCUACAGUUUAUCGGACUCUUGGCGAGAAUUAUAAUGAAAGGGUUUUACCUUCAAUCAUACAUGAAACUUUGAAAGCUGUGGUUGCCCAGUACAAUGCCAGCCAGCUUAUUACUCAGCGAGAGGCUGUUAGUCGCGAAAUCCGAAAGAUCCUGACUGAGAGGGCAGCCAAUUUUAAUAUUGCUCUUGAUGAUGUGUCAAUUACUACUCUGACCUUUGGCAAGGAGUUUACUGCUGCAAUUGAGGCCAAGCAAGUGGCUGCACAGGAAGCUGAGAGGGCGAAAUUUGUUGUGGAAAAAGCUGAGCAAGACAAAAGAAGUGCUGUAAUCAGAGCACAGGGUGAGGCUAAAAGUGCCCAACUGAUUGGACAAGCCAUUUCCAACAAUCCAGCUUUCAUCACACUUAGGAAGAUUGAAGCUGCAAGAGAGAUUGCACAUACUAUAUCAAAUGCAGCAAACAAGGUUUUCCUGAAUUCAGAUGAUCUUUUGCUGAAUCUUCAGGAGAUGAGUUUGGAGCCUGGCAGAAAUUGA